UAUAGCAAAAAUAUAUUUUAAAAUAAACUUUUUUUGAGGAAAUAAAAUAAAUUUAAUAAUUUAUGAUUGAUAAAAAAAUAUAGGACUAUAAUUUUGAGAGAGUUACAAACACCAAGAAUUUUGACAGAUGAAAACUUGUUGAAGAGGGAGAGAAAUCAAAGUACAAAUAUCCGGCUACAGUAGCUGCAGAAGGGGAGAGAAAAGCUGUGGAGGAGGGAGAUGGGAAACCCCAAGCAGAAAUGGACAUCGGAAGAAGAAGAAGCUCUCCGCGCCGGCGUGGCCAAGCACGGCGCCGGCAAGUGGAAGAACAUCCAGAAGGACCCCGAAUUCUAUCACCUCUUACAUUCUCGCUCCAAUAUUGAUCUGAAGGAUAAAUGGAGGAAUCUGAAUGUAAGUGCCAAUGCACAAGGAGGCCCAAGGGACAAAUCAAGGACUCCAAAGCCAAAGGCCAACCCUGAAGUUCCUAUUACUCCAGUGCCUAGCGCACCCACCGUACAUGCUUCCCCCACUCCACUCUUACACGAUGCAACAGAUGCCACUGCUGUGGAUAAUACAAAAUGUUUAUUAGAUGGGAAAACUGCUUCGAAGUACAAUAGCAUGGUUUAUGAAGCACUUACAACUCUCAAGGAUCCAAAUGGAUGUGAUGUAUCAACAAUUAUCAAUUUCAUUGAGAAAAGGCAUGAGGUACCCCAAAAUUUUAGACGAUUACUUGGUUCUAGGUUGAGGAGGCUUCUUCAACAAGAGAAACUCGAAAAGGUAGGGAACUGCUAUAGGAUCAAGAAAGAGUUCUUACAUGGUGCAUCUCCAACUCCAACCCCAACCCCAACUUCAGCACCAAUUCCAAAACAGGAGAGCAGGCUAAAGGAGGAAGUACAACACACCAGCUAUCUUGGGAAUACACUUGAAGAAGCAGCCAUAGAGGCUGCCCGCAGGAUUGUAGAAGCCGAAAACAAAUCAUUUGUGGCAGCUGAGGCUGUAAGGGACGCUGAGAAGGCCUCCCGAAUGGCUGAGGAUAACGAGUGUCUGUAUCAGGUGGCAAAGGACAUCUACGAUAAAUAUUAUUACUUUCUUUCUGGGAUCAGUCGGAGAAGAAGAUCGGAGAUGUUGGCUGAGGAAAUCCCGGCGAAUUUUAGGGGUUUCUAUACGCCGCCUCCCAAACGGAGUAGCUAUCAUUUUCCAUCUCCGGCGACCCAGACGAGGCCUCCUCAUCCCCACAGCGCCGGCUGCAAAGAGGAACUAUUUCACGUCCUUCACAAAGUGCCCGCCGGCGACUCUCCCUAUGUCCGGGCCAAACACGUUCAGCUCAUAGAGAAGGAUCCAAGCCGGGCCAUUUCUUUGUUCUGGGCGGCCAUUAAUUCCGGCGACAAGGUGGACAGUGCCCUGAAGGAUAUGGCAGUUGUGAUGAAGCAGUUGAACCGUUCCGAUGAGGCUAUUGAAGCCAUCAAGUCUUUUCGCCAUCUUAGCCCAGCACAUUCCCAAGAGUCCAUUGAUAAUAUCUUGUUAGAGCUGUACAAGAAAUCCGGCAGAUUUGAGGAUGAGAUUAAUCUUCUUGAACAUAAGCUCAAGAACAUUGAAGAAAGUAUGGCUUUUGGUAGGAGGACGACUAAGAUUGUUAGAUCUCAAGGCAAAAAGACUGAAAUCACACUUAACAAAGAAUACUCCAGGUUGCUUGGUAAUUUGGCAUGGGCCUAUAUGCAAAUAAAUAACUUCAAGUUGGCUGAAGAGAACUACAGAAAAGCUCUGUCCCUUGAACCAGACAAGAACAAGCAGUGCAACCUUGCAAUCUGCUUGAUGCACAUGAACAAUAUUGCGGAGGCCAAGUUUCUGCUUCAAUCCAUCAGAGCUUCUUCGUCGCAGGACCGCGAAGAGAUGAGCGACUCGUGCUGCAAGUCCCUUGACCGCGCCACGGAAAUGCUCUCGGAACUAGAGCAAAAACCAUCUGGCAUUUGCUUGGGGAGAAAACAUGGGUGUCCUGUUUCUGGUAGGGGAAGUCCAAGGACCUCGGCGUGGUCGUCUAGAGCCAGCAGAAGGCUGCAUUUUGAGAAGCCCAACUUCAAGACAAGGUCUCAUUUUCGCGAUGGGAAUUGGAGAAGGGACCCGAAAUGCAAUUUGCCCAUUAGUCUGGAUGCAUCAGAAGCAUCAUCACCAUCACCAUCAACUUCUGGUUCAAGAAAAUCUGGGUUCUUCCCUUCCACUGCUAAGGAGAAAAUGCAGAAGAGUUGGGCUGAUAUAGUUGAAGAAGGAGGAGGAGGCAAUGAUGAAAAUGAAGAGUUCUUGGUAACAGGAAGAGUUGAAACACUGGACAUCAAUGGUGGGUACUACACACAACCUGAAGAAAUUACCAAACACCAUUCCAAGUGCUUUGACACUUCUUUUGUUGGUGGCUCAUCAUCUGCUUGGCAUAAGGAGCUAAACUUUGAUGGUAUGGACAGUUUGGCUCUUCCUCCUCAAAUGCGCGAUUUCGCGACUGCCACCGAAAUGCCUCUUCGCAAGCUGAAGCAAAGGAACAAUAACAGGCUGCAAGUGUUUCAGGACAUAACUCCUUGAUCAGUGACACUCUUCUUUUUAGGCUUUGUUUGAUCAUUUGUUGUGUGCAGAUAUAAAAAGACACAGUUGUAAAUACCACCAGCUUUGAUUGAAGCUGCAAGUUUGAUUUCUGUUCUUGUUGUAGUCAUAAAAAAGAUAUCUUUCU